AUGAGCUCCAUAUCCGCGAGCAAUGGAGUGCUCAGCUUCAAGCCCAAGUCCAGCUCAUACUUUUACGAGACGUUCCCUUGCCAGGCUGCCAGCAGCAACGGACUGAGCGGCCUCCAGUUCAACAUCAAGGGCCCCGCCAAGGGUUCCCUGGUCGUCGAGCUCCAGACCAAGACAGCUUGCUCCGAUGCAAGCUACAAGUCGUACUACUACCAACUCACUGGAUUGACUGGCAACACUCAGACCGUCACCAUUCCUUUCAGCAGCUUCGCUGGCGCCAAUGGAAACGCCGUCACUGGUAUCGUCUGGUCUGGUUUCUCUUCCACUACCACUACGUGGCAGAUGAGUGCCAUUGACUUUGCAUGCUCUGCUUCUUCUGGUGGCGCCCCCAGCUCCACCAAGGCCGCAGCCAGCUCUGUCGCCCCUUCGGCCAGCAAGGCCGCCUCCUCUGCCGCUCCCUCUGCAACCAGGGCUACUAGCGCCAGCGUUCCUGCCUCGCGCAGCACCAUGGUGACGGUUUCGUCCGCCGCUGCAGCUUCUGGUACCUGCGCUCCUCUGCUCAUCGAUGACUGGAUCUCCCAGUCUCGUCUUACCUUCUUGUUCUACAACGCCUUUAACUACCCUACCUCGACCGAUGGCACUGUAAAGUCCAUUACAGUCGGAAAGCCUUCACCCAACCAUGUCGAAAUUGUUCCCAAUGGCAGCAACUCUUACUUCUACAGUCAGUUUCCCUGCGUCAAUGCUAAGAACAAGUAUGGCGGUAUUUCUCUGCGCAUCAGGGCUCCCAAAGGUGCCACUCUCUCAGUGCAGCUUGACUCUUCCAACAACUGCGACCCCGUUAAUGCCGUUUCCACGUUCAAGUCUUCUGCAGAUCUCGGUUGGAGCUUUGAUGGCACCGAGAAACUCUACCUGAUUCCCUUCUCCAAGUUUGGCAACACUCUCAACGUGGAGAAGCUUACGACGAAUUCUGUUCUCCGGGUUCCACCUGUUGAGGGUGGCUCUGGCUCCCAGACUACCAUUGCCGCACCCGCCAACACCGCCGCGGCCACCCUUGUCGUUGACAAGUUCGCCAACGCUGACUCCAACGCUCUCGGCAACUGGCACGGUGGCGACGAGGGCAUGACUCUCAAGUACAACGGCGGAAAGCUCACCAUCACCUCCAGCGAUGCUGACUACUCCUUCUACACCCAAGUCUCUGGCUCCUGCAGCGACUACAGCAAGUACAAGGGCUCUUACCUUCACAUUGCGUACUCUGGAAACACCAAGUUCACCGUCGCUCUUCAGCAGCACAACAAGGGUUGCAAUGCCGAUGUUGCUCCUUUCCCGGAGACAUGGGACUCUGCUGAGGUUUCCCGCUAUGCUAAGGACGGCAACAUCUACAUUCCCAUGAGCCAUUUCAAUGUCGACUUCUCCCGCGUCAUUGGCUUCGCAUUCAAGGGUUUCUACUCUGCCGAUCCUGUCACCCUCUCUGUCGUUGAGAUUGUGCCCUCUGUUCCCGCUGGUUUCGGCAUCCCACCCAAGGACGAGACUGGUAACCUGGUCUUCUCCUGCAAGCGCCCCAACUCAUUCGCUUUUGCCAUCGACGAUGGUGUACCAGGUCUCGCCCAGGAAGUUCUCAAGAUCAUCCGCGGACAGGAGAACAUCAAGGUCACCUUCUUCACCGUCGGCGCUCCCCUCCUCGACGCAGGCACGAACCUCACCAACGUGUACAAGGAGAUGCAAGCCGCUGGCCACCAACUUGCCCUACACUCCUUCACUCACCCCAAGAUGGAGUCGCUUCCCGACUACGCCGCUAUCGACUGGGAGUACAACGAGGACAUCAAGGCCAUGAAGUCCCAGUUCAACGGUUACACCACGCCUUACUUCCGCCCUCCUUUUGGUAACGAGGGUGCGCGCAUGCGCUCCCGUCUUGUAAAGGCUGUCGGCAGCAAGGCUACCAUCACCAACUGGUUCGGUCGAUGUUGAGGACUGGGUUGUGGGCUGAGACCAACACGCCUGAGCAGCAGAAGGUUGCUUUCCAGCGUGAUGUCAACAAGGGUGGUAACCUGGUGGUGUUGCACUACCUGUACCCAUCCACUGUGAGCUACCUCCGGGAGUUCAUCCAGAUUGCCAAGAAGACUGGCAAGGACCUCAUGCGUGUUGACCAGUGUAUGGAGGACCCUGAUGCGCCUCCCUAUGUCAAGUCGACUUAGGAUUGAAGGUGCUGGCUGAGGCGUGGAAUGGAUGAUUUGUAACGUGACACAGAUGGAUUGUAAUUAUUAUGAGCCUUUGACCAUGAGGUUCGGACUACCAAAAUCGAUUUGUUUGAAAUGUC